UUCUUCGUGUGAACAGUGUUGGUGUGCAAAACCUUACCAGGAUCGUAGCAGAAGAUCUGUCAGUCACUAUAACAAGUUUGUGUGUCGGAGCCACAGGACCUUCGCUGUUGUCGUUAAGCUACGAUCUGCUAAGAUGACAGAGUUGAGGCACCGUGGAGCCAGAGACACCGACCCAGCGUUACAACAGCAGCCGUCAGAGGACAAGGGUUCAGACAGUGAGCUGAAGGUGGAAAAAGAUGGGGUUUCAGACACUGAGGCCAAGGUGGACUCAGGGGUCCCAGAGGUGCCGGUCCCUCCUGAUGACACCCCUGAGGUUCUAAACAAGGCCCUGUCCGGACUCUCCUCAAGAUGGAAGAACUGGUGGGUACGAGGCAUCCUCACACUAGCCAUGAUCUCCUUCUUCUUCUUCAUCAUCUACCUGGGCCCCAUGGUGCUUAUGAUGAUUGUCCUCUGUGUUCAGAUCAAGUGCUUCCAAGAAAUCAUCACCAUCGGCUACAGCGUCUACCACUCCUACCACCUGCCCUGGUUCAGGACGUUGAGCUGGUACUUCCUGUUGUGUGUGAACUACUUUUUCUAUGGCGAGACCGUGACAGAUUACUUCUUCACACUGGUGCAGAGGGAGGAGCCGCUUCGUAUCCUCAGCAAAUACCACCGCUUCAUCUCCUUCGCUCUCUACCUCACAGGUUUCUGCAUGUUUGUGCUGAGUUUGGUGAAGAAACACUACCGCCUUCAGUUCUACAUGUUUGGUUGGACCCAUGUGACUCUGCUGAUUGUGGUGACUCAGUCUCACCUUAUCAUUCACAACCUGUUUGAGGGGAUGAUCUGGUUCAUUGUGCCAAUUUCCUGUGUGAUCUGUAACGACAUUAUGGCCUACAUGUUUGGAUUCUUCUUCGGCCGCACCCCUCUCAUCAAGCUGUCACCCAAGAAGACAUGGGAGGGAUUCAUUGGUGGGCUCUUCGCCACCAUUGUGUUUGGCAUCAUGCUCUCCUAUGUGAUGGCCGGCUACCGCUAUUUUGUGUGUCCAGUGGAGUUCAACAACGACUCCAACAGUUUCCAGGUGGAUUGUGAGCCGUCUGACCUUUUCCAGCUGCAGGAAUACGCCCUGCCCAGCGUCCUGGAGUCUGUCACCGGAUGGACCACAGUGCGCCUCUAUCCGUUCCAGAUCCACAGCAUCGCUCUCUCCAGCUUCGCCUCCAUCGUGGGACCCUUCGGUGGCUUCUUCGCCAGCGGCUUCAAGAGAGCCUUCAAGAUCAAGGAUUUUGCCAACACUAUCCCCGGUCAUGGUGGCAUUAUGGACAGGUUCGACUGCCAGUACCUCAUGGCCACAUUUGUUAACGUCUACAUUGCUAGCUUUAUCAGGGGCCCCAAUCCCAGCAAGGUGAUCCAGCAGCUCCUGGCCCUCCGUGCCGACCAGCAGCUCCACAUCUUCAACUCCCUGAAGGCUCACCUGACGGAGAAGGGCCUGCUGCCAGCGCUGGAGGAGGCCGCCGCCUAGAUCCGCCCACACCGGCCUCGCCCUGAUAGGGGAGACAGAGAGGAGGGCAGCGCCUGUGGGGUCCGUGCAGCCCUGGAGAUCUGGGAGACUCGAAGUGCUUUGAGUGAGCGAGAACACAUCUGAGAAAAAACAAAACAAAUCAACAACGACAAAGAAAACCACAAAUAACUACAGCCUUGGGUCAUUCCAUUUCAUCUGGGUAUGAGAGUGGUGUGUGUUUGUGUUCACACAGUCUGUGAAUCAUGUUUCUGACACAAGUGUUUUCAGGUUUAGUUAGUGAAUUACUGUUACACAUUUCCAUUAUAGACAAAUUGUAUCUAUUCACACUGUUGAACAAAACGUUGGUCAGCUGUACAUUUCUACCUGUAAACAGGACACCUUCUAUAUACCAAUUAAUGUGUUAAUAUUUUACUGUACAUUUUUUUUCUUUGUUUAAUGCACUGCUCUCAACCCUGUUACUCACUGUAAUGUUACUCCAGCUGCCCUCUCCCCUAAAAUUUAAGUUUUAAUUUUCUUUGUUGUGAUUGUUUCUAUUUAUACAUAGAUGGUUUUUAUAUUUGCUAUGUUCUAUUAUAUCUUAAAGUCGUGUCUGUUUUAUUCAGGCUGAAUUCACUUUUACCAUCUGCCAAGUGCAUUUAUGUGUGUGUCGUUUUUUUUUUUUUUUUCCUGUGUUUGUUGCCAUUCAACAUUUCAAAACCUCUCGUGCUUGGCCAAGUAAUUGUCGUCAUGUUAUCAUGUGUUGUCAUGCAGAAAUAUAAGAUGAAUGAGGAGGUUACACUGACGUAUUUGAUUGAAUCUGACAGACACAGAAUCCAGUCUCUGAGGCGGAUGAAUCCCAGCUGUUGGUGGUUUUGUACAGUAAGGAGCAGUUUAGCAAAAUGGUCUUUUAGUAUGAGUGAAGGCCAGUGCGAUGAACACCAGCACAAUAUAGACACACACUCCCUUCACCUGGUUGCUAUUUCAUGGCAAAAGUGGAAGAUAGACAGUCAUGUUUUAUUUUUUGGUUUAAUUGACGUGAUCUGUGUUCAGACUUUUUUUUUUAUCUGUAACAAGGAGCUGUUAUAGGUUUUAUACAUUUUCAGUGAGGUGGUGAGAUUGUUCAUUACGGCUUAUAUUUGUGACAUGGUUGGGAUGGGACUGUUUGUACCAGUGUACAUGAGGCAUGGUGAUGGUUUCUACACUGCCAGUAUCUGCUUCUGUUGUAACCUCAUCAUGUUCACAGCUUCAGAGCAGAACAUGUGGCUACCACUGGUCUGCUCGACCGAUUUGGGUGAAACCUUUCCUAUAAAGCAGAUGGUUAUCUUUGUAACGCAUCUGAUGUUUAAGCUUGCCAAUACCAUCAGCUGCUGUAUCCCCACCAAUGUUCAUCCCCAGGAGGAUUCUGGGAUGUGUGUGACACUGGCAAAUGUCUGUUUGAUUUGGUGGUAAAAUAUAAAAAUUGAAGUUCCUUUA